AGUUGGAAAUCAGUCAGAACUUGGAUUUUAAUCAUUCGAUUUGGAUUUCGAUAGACAAGUCGACCAAACAGUUAGAUCCGAGAUUAAGACAGCGAAAAGGAAAUAAACGUCAGUGUGUUUGAGUGCAAAAGUGCAACACAGCUGCGUAGACAGGACGACAAGUCCUGACACAAGUUGAUUUUGUGUUUAAGCAGAUUUUUGUGGAGUUUGUGAGCUGAUACUCAGCCUCCCUUAAGGCAUACCAAAUAAUAUAAGUAAAAAUUAAUAAAAAUUAAAUCGAAAAUGUCGAGAAUUCGGUGUUUUGUGAGUUUGUUGUUGGUAACUUCGACGGUGCUGGCACGUCCCGAGCCGCCUGUGAACUCUUAUCUACCACCCUCAGCCAAUGGUAAUGGUAAUGGUGGUGGACGUCCCUCAAGCACAUAUGGUGCGCCUGGUUUGGGUGGUAAUGGCAACGGCAAUGGCAAUGGCGGUGGACGUCCCUCGAGCACAUAUGGUGCGCCCGGUUUGGGUGGUAACGGCAACGGCAAUGGCAAUGGCAAUGGCGGUGGACGUCCCUCGAGCACAUACGGCGCACCCGGUUUAGGUGGUAAUGGCAACGGCAAUAGCGGUGGACGGCCUUCUAGCUCAUAUGGUGUGCCCGGUUUGGGAGGUAACGGCAACGGUAAUGGUAAUGGCAACGGCGGUGGACGUCCUUCAUCUACAUACGGCGCACCCGGUUUAGGUGGUAAUGGAAACGGUAAUGGUAACGGCGGUGGGCGUCCGUCCAGCACAUAUGGCGCGCCUGGUUUGGGUGGUAACGGCAACGGCAACGGGAAUGGCAAUGGCAAUGGCAAUGGCGGUGGACGUCCCUCAAGCACAUACGGCGCACCCGGUUUAGGUGGUAAUGGCAACGGUAACGGUAACGGCAAUGGUAAUGGCGGUGGACGUCCAUCAAGCACUUAUGGCGCGCCGGGUCUGAACGGCAAUGGUUUGGGUGGUGGUCAAAAACCCUCCGAUAGUUAUGGUCCACCAGCUUCUGGUAAUGGCAACGGCAACGGCAACGGAAGUGGACGCCCCGGACAAGAAUAUUUGCCACCUGUACGUAACGGCAACGGAAACGGUGGCGGACGUAAUGGCAAUGGUGGCGGUGCUGGUGGCACCAACGGUUAUGACUACUCAUCGCAAGACGGUAGUGACGGCGGUGAGAGCGGCGAACCAGCACAAUAUGAAUUUAGUUACGAAGUAGAGGAUGCUCCUAGUGGUUUGUCCUUCGGACAUUCAGAGAUGCGCGAUGGCGACUUUACAACGGGCCAGUACAAUGUGUUGUUGCCUGAUGGAAGGAAGCAAAUCGUCGACUACGAAGCCGAUCAGGGUGGCUAUCGUCCACAAAUACGUUACGAAGGUGAGGCCAACACUGGCGCCGGCGCUGGAGGUUUGGGCGGCGGUGCUGAUGGCUAUGACUAUGAGCAAAAUAGCAAUGGACUUGGCAAUGGCAACGGCUAUUCGAACGGACAAGAUUUAGGUGGUAAUGGCUACUCGAGUGGACGUCCGAAUGGCAAUGGUAACGGUAAUGGCAACGGAAAUGGUAACGGCUACAGCAAUGGACGCAACGGUAAAGGUCGCAAUGGUAAUGGUAAUGGCAAUGGACAGGGACUCAGUCGUAAUGGCUACUCGGAUGGUCGACCAAGUGGACAAGAUUUAGGCGAUAACGGCUAUUCAAGUGGACGACCAGGUGGCAAUGGAAAUGGCGGUAAUGGCAAUGGCAACGGUAAUGGUUAUUCAAAUGGUAAUGGUAACCGCAAUGGCAGUGGCGGUCAAUACAAUGGCAAUGGUAAUGGUUACUCCGAUGGCAGACCUGGCGGUCAAGAUAAUGAUGGUGGUGAUGGUUACUCAAGUGGACGUCCAAAUGGUUUUGGUGCCGGUGGUCAGAAUGGCGACAACGAUGGCAACGGUUAUAGAUAUUAAUUUAGCAGAGAAACGGCAACGAACGACUGGCGUACGAUAGCGGACAAUGAGCCCACAAAUUAUAACGGCGGACGUGGAAAAAUGAAGCGCUCCUCAUCAUCAUGUAUAAAUACAUACAUAUCUUACAUACAUACAUAAAUACCACAUUAAUCAUAACGCAUAUUCAAUCAUUAUAAUAAUAAUGCAUACAAACUUAUCAUACUUACUAGACUUAUACUACUUACUUACAUAUAUUGUAUUUUGCAUAUUAUCUAGUUAAGCGUUUAGUGCGUGUAUUGUUUAUGAUAUGCAUGUGGCAUAUACUUAAAAAAUAGGAAAAAACUCAAAACUUAACCCCAAUCGCCCAAAACCAUUUUCAUAUUUACCCUUUAGCUCCACAUUUUCCAUUAUGCUCCUUCGCUCCAUUAGUCAUACACAUUGACUGUAUUUAAUCUACAUUUAACUCAUUUUUUUAUAUAAACAUAUAAAUCUAUGCUAAGUUGUGCUCAUCACAUUCUAAAUACUUAAAUGAAUUUAUUAUUUUUUUGUUUAUAAAUAAAACUUAGGUUAAUAUUAAAGCAAUGAAAUGGACAAGCAAAUGUUACAAUAAAACACAAAAAUAUUUGACGAUUUUUAUAAAAACAAAA